AUGCAGCGCGACCCGAACCCGGCUGCAACCUGGGAUAAAGCUCCUAAACACGGCUCGGUUCGGCCCAGCCGAGCCCAGCCGAACCGCGUCAGACGCCCAGCGGGCCCUGCUGCUCCUGGAGGAGUACCGGAACAAGCUGAACCACACGGAGGACCGGCAGCUGCGUCUCUCCAUCCAGAGAGUCAUCGACAUCUUCCAGAGCAGCCUGUUCCAGGCUCUCAUAGAUAUCCAGGAAUUUUACGAAGUGACCUUAUUGGACAACCAGAGGUGGGCGGAGUCUUCCCGGGGGCGGAGCCUGGCGUGCCCCUCCACCUGUGGGACCUGUCCAGCCUGCAGAGCCCGACCGGAACCUCCGAGACGCUGCCCAGCCUUAGCACCAGCAUCGAGGAGUCCCCCCUCCUUAACGAAAUCCUGCACACCUUGGCGCAGGCCAAGCUGUCCCCCCGCCAUGACGGCCAGGUAAGAACCGGACUCUGCUGUUGGUGGGAGGGGCUGUUGGUGUCGUCCACCUCGCCGCAUGUCCCAUCCAGUCCUCAUGUGCUUCGGACCAUCAGACGGGUUGCAGGGUUCUGGGCUCUCAGUGCGUCGCUGUGGUUUGAUGGCAGCAUCGUCUGGACCGGCGUGAAACCGGAUCAGAACCUCCUCUGGUUUCACAGAAAGUUCUGGAUGUUGUGGCGUCAAACCGUCAGCGACUCGUUGAUGCGGUCCGUGAGGCGUUCAGGGUUCAUUGUGCUUCAUUCAUUCUGGUUGGUGCUGUUGGGUCGGAACGGUUCAGCUCCGGUCCGCAGGGCGGUCCCGGUUCUGCAGAGGAUCAAGGACGGGUUUACUGAAGCAGUUCCUCCAUAACGUCGGGUUAUCGUCCUCCUCUACGCUCAGCGUCUCUCACACGACGUCCGUUCAGUUCAAAGACGGCAGUCCAACUUCCUGCCUCCCUCUGCAAGGGGUCAACAUGAGGUCAGGAAGAGGGUCAAGUCACAAGGAGUGAGAAUGAAAGCCAUGAAGAUGGAGGCUGUGAAGACCUGAGUCACUACAAGGACAAAGGUCACGAGGAUGAAGACCUGGAGGACAAAGGUCACGAGGAUGAAGACCUGGAGGACAAAGGUCACAAGGAUGAAGACCUGGAGGACAAAGGUCACGAGGAUGAAGACCUGGAGGACAAAGGUCACGAGGAUGAAGACCAGGAGGACAAAGGUCACGAGGAUGAAGACCUGGAGACAA